GAGUCCACGCCCCCUGCGGAGACCUUUCCAGCAUCCAGUCUCUCUGCGGACACUCUUUGGGCAUCCACACACCCUGCAGGGACCCUGCCUGAGUCCACCCACCCUGGGAAGACCAUGUCAGAGUCCACUAAUGCUGCAGGCCAUCUCCCUCAGUCCACGGCCCCCGCGGUCACCCUGCCGGGGUCCACGCCCCCCGCGGUCACCCUGCCGGUGUCCACGCCCCCCGCAGUCACCCUGCCAGAGUCCACGACCCCUGCAUUCAUCAGUGCCACAGACACCCAGCCCAUUGUUUCGCCAUUUACUUUGACCAGAUGGUACAGCCCUGUAGCAAGCAACCCCUUUUAUGAUUUGAAUAUGAUAUCUCCCAGUCCAUCAGCAUUGCUUGGCGACCUUGCUGUGGAACUGCUCUGUGACUUCGAACAUGGUCUGUGUGACUGGGAACAAUCCACGACAGAUGACUUUGACUGGAUGCUUCAUCGCCACCAAAUAUUCUCAAGAAGAACUGGACCAAAAUGGGACCAUACAAAAGGCCAGUGCAAAGGCCAAGGAGGUUCCUUAAACGUAUUCCUAAAAUACGAGAACUCUCCUCACUGGCACAAGCUGUGGUCCGUCUCUGGAAAUCAAGGCCGCAAGUGGCUAAAUGCUGAGAUUGAUAUUUUCACUAAUGGGGAGACGUAUCGAGUGAUUAUUGAAGGCGUUCUGGGACUGAACUAUCAGAGUGCUGCUGCAAUUGAUGACAUGCAGAUCUACAGAAGUAGCUGUGCCUCAGGCUGGAAACGCCGUAACCCAUCCUGCAACCGGGCCCUGAAGAAGAGGAACAAAUCUCACUUGGGUUAGCAGGUUGUGAUGGCAAAUUUCUUUGAUAAAGUCCUGCUGAGGGCGUGCUGACUGCCCAAUGUCAGAGCAGUGUUCAUGGAAUGGUAACUGCAUACACCAACAAGGGCAGGAGAUGUGUUGUAUUCAGAAGAGGAGCCCAUCUAUUUGGGCUGGUUCAUGUGAAGUAAUAUUUUAUCGCAAUGCGCCGCCUUCUGAGAGAUUGGAGCACUUGUUGACACCUGGCCCACUUCCCAAAGCCAGCCUCCAGCC